UGUACGUGGCUGCAUGUGUGCAUCUGACACAAAGGCUCUGUAGGUGCUGCAGGUGUCACAGAGUCAUGGCGAUCUUUAACCACUUGCUGCUGGCUUCAUUUUUGGUGCCUCUGGUGCUGAGCUCCCCUUUCUUCCCACCAACAUGCUACACCAAGGUACUGAACAUGGCACGAGAGCUCACCCAGUGGGCCGCACAUCUGAAGUGGGACUCUGAAACUAGUAGGUGCAUGGCACACAUGCCACAUCUCUACCUUGAUGUACAUAACGCCUGCGUGAUGUACAAAAUAAGGACCUACAUCUCCCUGGUGGAGGGCCUGCGACAACGCCGCUGUGCGUACACCCGAGACGUGAGGAAGCUGUGGGGCAAUCUGAGACAGCUCUUCAUCUUCAUGGGAGAGAAAUGUCACGGGGACUUGGUGUUCACGAUCUUUGACUGUGCUGCGCUGGAGCGUUAACGUCUGGAUUCUGAAAUCACAACGUCUGCUCAGACAGAGACAACAUUACAGUUCUUAUGUGUAGUGAUUGACUGAUAUUAAUCUUAAACAUAUGUUGACUAUGGUUCUGUAGCUAAUUAUAUAUUUUCUGUUUUUGAAUAUAAUUAAUGGUAUUGCCCCUGAUUAUCACAAAGCUCUAAAAGAGGAAACAUUUCAUAUAAUAAACUUCAUUAAGAUGACGGUGGCUCCUUUAUUAGACUUAGGGGUGUUGUUGUUGUUGUUG